UCUAAUUCGAGCUCAAAAGCUCCGCGGUGAUCGAGCUCAUUGCUGUCGUUACCGCGGCCACCAUCGAUGCCGUCACUCGGGAGCACGUCCAGAAGGUCCUCCACGGUCGUCUUCGUCCGUUCCGGGUGCCGCUUCAAGCUGGGGCACCGCGUAGCCAUCGCCAUGGUCGUCUUCCCCGCCUCGGCCGCCACUGCCUCGUCGUCGUCGCCGUCGAUCUACACAACCACGACCUCCUCGGCCUCCCCAACCACGCCGUCGCGCUCGCAACUCCGAGACGGCCACGGAUGCCGCUAUAAUCGACAACAUCGACGACGACCCUCCUUCUUGUCUGAGCAACUAGAUGUUGGAUCCCUGAAGCCAGAUGUCACCGCCGAUGGAUGCUACUGCGUGAAGACCGUCGACGUCCAGGAGUAGUUAGGAGGUCCCAGGCAGGAGGCCUUGCCUCUUCGAUCGUUGUUGCUUUUGUGCUAGCCUUCUUAAGGCAUCCUUGUUUAACUUAUGUCUGUACUCAGAUAUUGUUGCUUCCGCUGACUCUUGUGUAUCGAUAUGUAUUCGAGCCCUCGAUGCC